AUGCCAAUAACUUUACCAUUCAAACAACUAGAUGUCUUUACCACGGUGCCAUAUCAUGGUAACCCAGUGGCUGUUAUAAAUUGUUUAGAUAUAUCAGAAAAUGAUAUUGAUGAGAAGCAGAUGCAGAAUAUUGCUAGAUGGACUAACCUAUCUGAAACCACAUUUAUUUUCAAACCUUCCAACCCAGAGAAUGAUUAUAAAUUAAGAAUUUUCAGUCCAGUUAACGAACUGCCAUUUGCUGGUCAUCCAACACUAGGUUCUUGUAAAGCAUUUUUACAAUUUACUAACAACACAACUUCAAAAACAGUUAGACAAGAAUGUGGAUUGGGAAUUGUCAAUUUAACUGUAAAUGAAGAUGGUACAAUCUCAUAUAAAGCGGCUUCAACUUCAUUUGAUAAAAUUGAUCCAAAAGUUAUCAAAGAAUAUACAGAAUGUUUGGGGGUUAAACCAGAUGACGAGCCCUUAUUAUUACAUGUAGGUCCAGAAUGGGUUGUAUUUCAUGUUUCAGACAGUGAUAAAUGUUACAAUGCCAACCCUGAUUUUGCUAAAUUAGCUGAAAUAAGUAAAAGGAAUGGGCAUAUUGGUAUUAUUUUGGGUGGUCCUAGAACUUUGGAUCCUCAUAUUGAAUAUGAAAUGAGGGCUCUAGCUCCAGUAAUCAAUGUCAGUGAAGAUCCAGUAUGUGGUAGUGGUUCUACGGCUUUAAUCGCCUAUUUACAAAAUAAAUACAAAUUUGAUAAAACUACUAAAUUAAAGAUUACACAAGGUGGUCGCGUUGGAAGAGUCGGUAGAAUUCACUCAAUGAUUGAAAUAAAUGAAGCUAAGCAACCUAGUUUUCACUCAGGAGGUAAUGUUAUCAGCUUAAUUAAUGGAGAGAUAACUGUCUAA